AUGAACACAAAUGAUUUUAUUUACCUGCAUCUGGAUGAGUUAAGUCCAGAUUGGGAAUGUUCUCUAUGCAACAAUCCAUUCCUCGAUCCGGUUUACUUCCCUUCUCGGUGUGAACAAACCUUUUGUCGACAGUGUCUUCAAUCGAAUUAUGAAAAACAUGCAACAAGCUGCACACAUUGCAAUGGAAAAACCUUCUCUCAACAAGAUGUCCAAAAUCAAGUAGCACUAGUACAUCGAAUACUAGACAGUCUCUCGGUACAAUGCCGUCAUUGCUCACAACAAGAUAUUAAACGUGGAGACUUUCUGCAGCACAUGCGCGAAAAUUGUCCGAAAAGAAAUGUACCUUGUUCGGCUAAAGAUGUCAAAUGUCCAUGGAAUGGAUCGCACGAUCAAUUAAAUCAACAUGUACAUACUUGCCCAUAUGAACAACUUCGGGCGCUCUUAACAGAACUUCUUCGUGACAGAAACGAUCUUGAUCAACUACAAAAUGAUCAUCAAAAACUAGCAGAUCGUUCGAAAGAGCAAGAAGAUCGUAUAAAACAGCUUGAAGUUGUAAAUCAAGAAUUGAAUACGCAAGUCAUACAAAUACCUACUUUAAUUGAACAAUUCAAUCAAGGAGCAAACGAAAAUGCAUCACUAAAACAAAAGAUUACUGUUCUAAAUGAAGGAAAAGAAACGCUCACAAAGCAAAUAGAAGGUAUGAAAGAGAAUUUGGAUAAAAAAUUAGCCGAAAUCGACCAGCUCAGGAAAGAAGUCAAUCGAUUAACACCAAUUGAAAGCGAAUAUGAACAAAUAAAAACGGCACAUGCAUCACUGAAAGAACAAUAUGAUGCAAGUCAAGCUGCACUAGCAAAGCUUCAAGAAUAUACGCAAGAAAGAGUAAAUCGAUUGAGAGGUGAAGAGCAAAUUUCAGUUCUCAUUCAAGAAAAACAAAAAUUGCAAGAAGCGUUGGAUGAGUUGCAACCUAUAAAGGAAGAACAUCGGGCUUUAUUUGGCUACUAUCAAAAAUCUCAAGAAGAAAACGAUUAUUUAAAGCAACAAAUGAAUAAUUACGAUGUGAUUCAAAGUGAAAAUCAACAGUAUCGACAAAGAUUGGCUAUACAUGAAAGAGAACUUGAAAAACGUGCUAUUGAAAUCAAGCAUUUAAAACUAAAAAUAAACGGACCAACUGAUUUAUCGAGUAAUUUAUUCUGCUUGGCCAUACCGAACGGUUACACGAACCCACAACUCGAAGAAUUCAUUGACAACUGUCAACGAAGUUCUUUAUUGAAUUUAAACAAUGAAAAACUUAGUGAAGAUGAUCUAAACUUAAUCGUCCAUAAAUACUUCACAACUUUCAAAUAUAAAUCAGUCAUUUUACGAAACAAUGCAUUAACAGAACGUUCAUUCUUUUACUUGUUUUCUUUUUUGGGCGUAAAUUCUACAUUAACAGAACUAUGCAUUUCGGACAACAUCAUCUCCGACCAAGCGCUACAACAGUUGUCAGAGUCGUUAUCAUUCCGUAAUUCCACACUGCGCAGAUUGGUUCUCAAUGGUAACCAAAUAGACGACCAAGGUCUAGCGCAUCUAUCCAAUAUGCUAAAAUCGAAUAGAACCCUUCGAGCUCUUGGUUUACACGAGAAUCUCAUUACAGAUCAAUCGAUAGAAGGUUUCUGUGGAGCCGUUCGAUAUUUUAAUCAAACACUCGAAGAGAUAACGUUGUAUUCGAAUACAUGCAUUUCGGAUGCCAGCCUUGACUAUUUCGAGGGCAUGAUUACAGACAAUCAAGUGUUACAAGUGUUAUGGAUACAUGAUUGUCGAUUUUCUGACGAAGGAAAAAUGAAAUUACAACAAACUGCUGAGAAGAAAGCCACGUUUAACCUUCAAAUUUAA